UAGACAUCUGUGGAGGUGUGUGACUUUAAUAACACACCAAACACCCUAUUCUGCUUAUUAACGGCUCUAAUUUGACCUAAUCUACAGUAGGCACACCGAUUUUCUUUCUAAAGUGUUUUGAUGUAAAAUCUGUGAUAUGGAGCAGGAUGAGGUAUCUGAGCAAUCUGCUGUCAAUGUCAAGCAGAAACCAGAUGUCGGAGUGAUCUCUGGCUGUAAUUACUGGUGGUUACUGGCUGCUGUCAGCCUAUUCAUAAGUGCUGCUGGGUUUGUCACAAUUGGUGUUGUGGAAGUAUUUGGCAAGAAAGAUGUAUAUGUGUAUGGUAUUGUUUUUGAUGCGGGAUCCACACAUACCUCUAUGUAUGUAUAUAAUUGGAAAGGUGGAAAAGUGAAUGGCACAGCAGAAGUGAGUCAGAUUCAUUCCUGCAAAGCAACUGCACUCUCCAAAUACGAGACGAGGCCCCUGCAUGCUGGAAAUGCUCUUGCAGGUUGCUUAAACCAAGCCAUGCAGUGGAUUCCCUCAGAGGACUACAUGAACACACAGGUUUAUCUGGGAGCUACUGCUGGCAUGCGUCUCCUCAAUGCAUCCAAUCCAGAUGCCAGCAAAAUAAUUUUACACGUUGUCAGAGAGAAAAUCAUGUCGUAUCCGUUUGGGUUUUCUAACCCAAAUAAACAAGCACGUAUUAUCAGUGGCGAGGAAGAGGGUACAUUUUCCUGGGUGACAGUCAACUACUUCGCUGGAACACUUGGAGUGAAGCCUGUAGAUCAGUUGGCUGCCCCAACUCCAAUCACUCACGGAGCAUUAGACAUGGGGGGUGCCUCCACACAGAUCACCUUCACCCCAGAAAAACCCGAAUCUCUCCCCUCAGGCUACAGUAACCAGCUGCGUCUGUAUGGGGUGAACCACACUGUCUACACCCAUAGCUACCUCUGCUAUGGAAUCAACGAAGGCUUGCGCAGGUUCCAAGCUAACCUUGUUAUGGACCAAAGAAAUACAACAAAUACGACCAUAGCUAAUCCGUGUGGACCAAAAGGUGUUGUAGAAACGGUACCCCAUGAUGAAGUUUUUGAAGCACCGUGUACCAAAGGACCACAUGCUCUGGAAGCCUUUGGUUCAGAGAUCUACCCUACAUCCUACAUGGACUCUAAUUCAAAUUACAGCUUUGUUGGGGAAAGCGAUUCAGAAAAAUGUGAACAACAGACACAAAACCUAUUCAACUUUACACAACGCUGUGAUUUUCCUAGUUGCUCAUUUAAUGGUGUUUACCAACCAGCUGUAGCUGGGGACUUUUAUGCAUUCUCCAGCUAUUUUUACCAAGUACAGUUUCUCAACCUCACUGAUGGAAAUGAAACUUUUAGCUUGGAACAGUUCAGAAAUGCUGUUACAGUUCUGUGUAACAGUUCCUGGGAUGAGGUGAAGACAAUGAAAACUGAUUACUCAGCAGCCUUACCCUGGUACUGUUUUGAGACCAGCUUUGUGCUAACAAUUCUUACCAGAGGUUACGGGUUCAACGCCUCAAACUGGGACUCCAUCUCCUUUAAAGAAAAGGUGAACAGCGCUAGCCUUGGCUGGGCCCUGGGAUUUAUGAUCAAUGCAAGUAACCUGAUCCCUGCAGAUUACCCAGAAUCCCCUCUGCCCAUUCUCACUAUGGUGUUACUUCUCAUUCUCUUUUUCCUGUUCUUGGUUAUAUCUGUGGGGUUUGCUUACUACGCUAUCCAGAUACGCAAGGCUCUGCAGAACCAAGGCUAUGAGAGAAUAGGUAGUUACGGCACAGUGUAGAAGACUAUGAACAAUGGUCUGAGGGAAUAGGUAGUUACGGCACAAUGUAGAAGAUUAUGAACAACGCUCUGAGAGAAUAGGUAGUUACGGCACAGUGUAGAAGAUGAUGAACAACGCUAUGAAAUAAUAAGUUAGUUACGCACUGGGUGCAAGACUAUAAACAACGCUACAAGAGAAUAGGCAGAUACGGCUGUGUAGAAGAUUAUAAACAAUGCUGUGAGAUAAUAGGCAGUUAUGGCACAGGAUAAAGGACUAUGAACAACCCUAAGAGAGAACAGGCAGUGCAAAAGAUUGAAAACGAUGCAGUGAGAUAAUAGGUGGUUAUGGCUAAAGGCCCACUUCACAAAACUUCGCAAAUCAACUUUUCGUAACUUUUCUUGUAAAUAAAGUCACCUUAUGGCAUGAUAACCUAGACAAGGUCUGUUACGAAAAAGUUAAAUAUGGCAUUGCGGAACUGACCCCGAGGUACAAGACUAUGAACAAUGCUGUGAGAGAGACAACAGGCAGUUAUGGCACAGUGUUGAAGAUUAUAAAGAACGCUAUGAAAAUAGGCAGUAGGGCUCACUUUCACAAAACUUCGUGAAUUAGUUUUUCAUAACUUUUGUCAUAAAUAACGCUGCCUUAUGGCACAAUAACCUAGACAAGAUCUAUUACGAAAAAAUUACAAGAAAUAUGAAUUACAAUGAUAAGACUGUGAUAACGAAAGCUAUGAGAUAGUAGGUAGUUACAGCACAGUGUAGAAUAUAACCAUGCUUUGAGAUAGUAGGUAGUUACAGCACAGUGUAGAAGAUUAUAUCCAUGCUGUGAGAUAGUAGAUAGUUACAGCACAGUGUAGAAGAUUAUAACCAUGUUAUAAGAACUGCAUACAAAACUGUCCAGAAGACUAUUAAAGUACCUUGCAAAGGGAGGUACUGGACCGAGGUUUGGACAUAGUUAUGGCACAGUGUAGAGUAUAAUAAAGUACUAGUCCUUUUAGUCCUACAUAUCUGUGAAAGAUUCAUCAUAAAUAACAUGACACAGAGGGCAUGAAUCAAAAUAUGUGUGAUAUACUGUACAGCUUUAAUUUGAUAUCUUUUUCAGUUUUGUCAUAACUUUGAGGUGCUUUAUUGCCUGAUUUUAAACAUGACCGAUUGUUUUACCCCACUACCAAACUCUGUUGAAUAUGUGUAGGAACUACCAUUAUUUUAAUACAGAGCAUACAAGGCAUAUGUCCUGUAUAUUGGAAAUUUAAUAGUCUGGUUUUACGUCAGUUGAAGUUAUAUGUUUCAUUUGAUAUGGUUAAUUAAAACCAAUAGGAUUUCGACAACUGGUACAGCCAUAUUUUACUUGAUAAGAUUACCAGUUUUAGCUAAAAUAGGCAUUGAAAGGCUGGUAUUAUAUAUUAAAAUUUAGACAUAUUUUACUGGAUUUGAAAUUCUAUCCUACAUUUGAUCUGGUUAAUGGUUUAACUAAAACCAAGAGGCAUUAAACAACUGAUACUGUACUAUAUAUCUAAAUUGAAAAUUGUU